CUACCAUUGACAUUGCUAUACAAACUAAAUUAUUUGAUAUUUUAGUUUCUCAAAAAAAAACUAAGACCUAAAUGGUUUCGUAUUUGAGUUGUUAAAAAAUAAUACGUCGUAUAAUGUCAGUCGAAGAAGAAAUAGAACUGAAAGAUUUAAUUGCUCAAACUCUUAAGGAAAAUGGAACAUUGGCUAAAAUUAAGGCUCAAUUACGUGCCAGUGUUUUCCUUGCGCUAGAUGAAGAUGAAGAAUUAAGCAAACAAAAGCCUUUUCUAAACAACAAAAUUAAGAGUUUCCUAGAAAGCGACGAGGGCAAAGCCAUGUUCUACAUCGUUCACGAAUUUCUACAGUAUUUCAAUUUAUAUUUCACGCUAGCUGUCUACGAACCCGAGUCCUACAUCGAUUGCAAUUAUCAGCCGGAAGAAAAGCAAAGACUGCUGCAACAGUUGGGUUUGGCAGGCGAUGUUGAAAAUGGCAACGAAGAACCUCUAUUGUACCAAUUGCUCAAACUUGCUCAAACAUCUAAAAAGAAUUUACAAGUCAAAAUUGACAUUAAUGGAAGUUUACAACACCAAGAAAUCGAUUCUCAUCUAAUCUGCGAUGAAUCUGAAAUAAGUUCAUUAAAGGAAGAUAUUUUGGACAUUACCGAAGAUAGAGUGAAAAAGUUGAAAGUCAAUAAUGGAUUGGUUGAAAAACAAUUAAACACUACCUUUGAUGUUCACAGCCCAUUUUGUUUGAAAGACAACCCCAAGGAUAGCAUUUGUAAUAAUAGUCAUUGCGCUCAAGUUUUAGAUUCUUCCAACGAUCCGGAUACAGGGAAAAGUAUUAAUGAUACAUUUGAUGACGCCAGUUCCUUACUAGAUGAUUUAGAUUUGGUCAAUCAAAAUAUUAAAGUUCCUGAUGUUAAGAGAAACGGUAUAGAACCCGUUGAUGCGAUUAAGGAGAAGAAUAGCGACAAAUCAAAAUCAACUUCAUUAAAAUCAAAAACUAAUUUCAAUUCUGAUCUCCCCCCUAUAAGUAAGAGAGUUAACGACAUAUUGCCGUCCUUGUAUAAUAAAAAAGAUAAGUCAAAUAAUCGGGAAAUAGACAAAUUUUUCGAUACAGAUGUCGAGUAUGAAGAAGAUUUUGACAUGUCUUCAAAAUCUGAACAGUGUAAUCUCAGUUUAUUAGAAGAGUUAGAGCAAUCGAACAAAAGUAAUAAUGAAAAGACUGCUUUAGGUAAGAAAGAGGAAAAACCUAAAAGUUCUCCUAGAAUUCUUGCCUGUACCAAACAACUCAUAAAUUCGCAAAAAAACAAAAAAUCAAAUGAUUCUCUUGAAAUUAAUGGAGGUGAAAAUAUAGAAAAUGCGUCUGAGUCCUUCUAGAUGUUAUAUUGAGAGACGUGUUGUUUGGUAACAAAAAUUGUCAUUUUCAUUAGAAUUGCAAGGUUUUAAAGUAAAUUAUUUGUAGCCUAUUUUUUUUUAUUUUUUCUUGUUGCCAUAUUGGUAAUUUAUAAUUUAACAGUCAAUUUACAAUGCUUAAAUUUCUCCUUUUACCUCUGAUUGGCCUUUAAGUUUAUCCUGGAAUUUUCUCACAGUUUUGAAAAUGUUUAUAAAAAACGUUGUGUAAAAAAAAGUAAUUUUAUCCACUUUUUUAAAAACUAAGAAUUAUUGUUAUUGUGGAUUAUAAACUGUUGAGCACAUUUUGUAAACGUUGCGUAUUUUGUAACAAAAAUUAACUUAACUCUAAAAAGUGUUUUCGUUAUUAUGAAUUGUGUAUUAUUAAACAAGUUGCCAUAUAAAAGAGUUGUGGUUUUAGGCCUAAAUGUGCAGUUUUCGAAAGGCUAUCGGGCAUUAUUAAAUUUAUACGUCAAUAAAAAAAUACUCUCACUGCGAUCAAAAAAAUGGAAAAAAUAUUUUCAGUAACUAAUUCAAAACAGAAACAGUUGAUGAAUAUUACAAAGAGAUCGUUGGUUAUUGUUUCUAGAAGUAUGUAUUGCUUUACAUUCCUCAUACUGAGAAUAAGUUAAUUUAUUUUUAGUUUUUAGACAAUACAUUUUGUACUUACGUUGUGUAAAAAUAUUAAAAAGUUGUGCCUUAUGAAGUUGUGAUUUUCCUAAAAAUAUUUCAAUAAAUCAUAAACUUUU